AUGCAAGCCAAGAAGCGCUAUUUAUUAUUAUUCGUAACAUGCGCGUUUCUUGGUUACUGUUACUUUGGUGGUUAUAGGUUAAAAAGUGAAAAGUGGACAGGCAGAUCUCAGUUGCCUUACGAGCGAUUGCCUUCAUAUUUAAGUCUAAAUGAAGAGUUCUAUGACAAGGAUUUAAGAACAUCAAAUGGAAAUUCCCUUAUGUCUCAACGUACAAAACAAUGCCGUAUGGAGACUUGUUUUGACUAUACCAGAUGCAAGCAAGGCUUCACAGUAUAUGUGUACCCAGUUGAGGAUGUGAUAAGCCCACUAUACCAAAAAAUAUUAAAUGUUAUUACGGAAUCAAGAUAUUACACAUCAGACCCAACUAGGGCAUGUAUAUUUGUAUUAGCUCUUGAUACAUUGGAUAGAGAUCCAUUGUCAACAGAAUUUGUACACAAUCUGCCUGCAAAAUUAAUGCGUUUACCUUACUGGAACAAUGGAAGAAAUCAUUUGAUAUUUAAUUUAUAUUCUGGUACAUGGCCUGAUUACGCAGAAGAUUCAUUGGCUUUUGAUUUAGGCUAUGCUAUGCUUGCAAAAGCUAGCAUGUCCAUAUUUAGACAUAGACCAAACUUUGAUGUGUCUAUACCAUUAUUUGGAAAACAACAUCCAGAACGUGGUGGAGAACAAGGUCAAGCUUUAGAAAAUAACUUUCCUAAUAAUAAAAAAUAUGUAGCAGCUUUCAAGGGUAAAAGAUACGUCCAUGGCAUAGGAUCUGAGACUAGAAAUGCUCUCUAUCAUUUACACAAUGGCAAGGACUUGGUCUUUGUCACAACUUGUCGUCAUGGCAAAGCAUGGAGAGAGUUUCAAGAUGAGCACUGUCAACAAGAUAAUCAGGAAUACGAUACGUACGAUUAUGAGAUUUUAUUGAUGAAUGCUACCUUCUGCUUGGUACCACGAGGAAGGAGACUUGGUAGUUUCCGUUUUUUAGAAGCUUUAAGGGCUGGAUGCAUUCCAGUUAUUCUAAGUAAUGGCUGGGCGCUUCCUUUUCACGAACGUAUUGAUUGGACACAAGCUGUUAUAUUUUCUGACGAAAGACUGUUACUUCAAAUUCCAGAUAUAGUACGGUCUGUGUCCAAUGUACAGAUACUUAAAUUACGGCAGCAGACGCAAUUCCUUUGGGAACGAUAUUUUUCCUCGAUUGAAAAAAUCGUAUUUACAAUAUUCGAGAACAUUCGCGAGCGUUUACCAUGGGAAGGUACUAGAGAAAAACUUGUUUGGAAUACUAGUCCUGGCGCAUUAGCGAUAUUACCGCAAUUCGCCGAUAGUCAACAAGAACUUCCGUUUUCAAAAAGCAAUCCGGGUAACACUUUCACUGCCAUCAUCUACUCGCAGUUAGGGUCUACUGCCGUACUUUAUCGUUUGCUUAAAAGCGUCGCGAAAAGUAAAUACCUAGAUAGGAUUAUACUAAUGUGGAAUUCGGAUAUUUCACUACCAAGGAGGCCACGUUGGCAAGGGAUCAAAGCGUCAAUACAUGUCAUCACGGUCGAUGGCAUAUCUCAACGUUUUUAUCCUCAUCCGUUAAUCAAAACUAGUGCCAUAUUAUCGCUGGACGAAGAUGCCACACUCAAUACUGACGAGAUUGAUUUUGCAUUUACGGUUUGGAAAUCGUUUCCUGAUCGAAUUGUUGGCUACCCAGCAAGAUCACAUUAUUGGGAUGACUCGAAGCGUUCGUGGGGUUACACAAGCAAAUGGACAAAUGAUUAUAGCAUAAUUCUAACUGGUGCCGCUUUUUACCAUCGUUAUUAUAAUACGUUAUACACCGAAUUAUUGAGCUCGACUCUUCACAAGACUGUCGAGCAAUCGCAAAAUUGCGAAGACAUACUUAUGAAUUUUUUAGUAAGUCAUGUCACUCGAAGACCACCAAUUAAAGUGACGCAACGGAAAUUGUAUAAAGAUACUACAGUGGCUGGAAUCAGAUCCCCUUGGAACGAUCCAGACCACUUUAUACAACGGCAAACGUGUAUGAAUACGUUUGUAGCCGUUUUCGGUUACAUGCCGUUGUUGCGAUCCAAUAUGAGGCUCGAUCCUGUUCUGUUUAAAGACUCUGUAAGCAACUUGCGCAAGAAGUAUAGGCAAAUUGAAUUAGUUAGUAAUUAGAAUUGUACGAGAUACAUUAUCAGUUACACAGUUUAUCUACCCUUGAAACGAGCAUCCUAUAUAGCCUCGGAACAUUUUGAAACGAUAGCGGCGCAACUUGCUGUUAGAGCCGCGGUUUUGCUCUCACGCGGGCGGCUAUUCCAAAUAUAUAGGGAACACUUACAUAAUUGUAAGUUAUAGGCCGCCGUGUUGUCGGUGGUCGUCGGGCAGCGAAUCAAGAAGGUCUUUCAUUCGCGAGGAAUG